GUGAUCAACAACUGCAAUGGCGGCAAUGUCCAUAUCUACUCUAUUCGGCUGCCUCAUCUAUCUGAGUGCUGGGGCAAACGCAUUGACACACUAUCCACCUGCCAACACAUCAAAUACCAUCCUGGGCGAGGUUUUGAACGGUACCUCUGCUCCUGGAAUCUAUACUAGCUCUCACACGCCUGAUGACAAGUAUGGAGAAUACAACUGGUGCGCUAUGCCUCAUGUCAGAGAGCAGGAAUACGAGGUUCCCUCUGGAGAUUAUGAGCUCCAGUAUGUCGAAGUGAUACAAAGACAUCAUAAGCGAACACCGUAUGCCUCCAACACAUUCUUCAAAGAGGACAUCACCUGGGAUUGCUCGAAUGAGGGUCCUUAUCACUACGCCAAAGAUCACAACGGCCUUCAAACUGCACCUGUAUAUUGGCAAGCCCAGACCGGCACCCAGAACCCCUUCGAAUACACCGUCGGCCCAGGAUUUCCCAAUUCAACUUGUGAAUUUCCGUCCAUCACUUCCCAAGGCCUCGACGACGCCUUUGAACAUGGCAAAGACCUUCGUUCUGUCUAUCACGACAAGCUCAGCUUCCUGCCUUCCAAAUGGGAGAAGGACAAGUUUAGAUUCAGGGUGACAAAUAAUGUUAUCACGAGCCAGACCCUAAGUGGGUUGGCUAGGGGGCUGUUCCCCGGGGGUGAUGGGUCGAAGGCAGAAGAGGAGGCUUGGAUCCAGAGCGAUGCUUGGGACAGCUUGGAACCCGCAUUCGCAUGCGAGCUUAGAGACGCCGUAGCCUCAGCGAUCACUGAUAGCACCACUGAAUGGGGUGAGCACCUCAGCAAAACCCAAGAGCUUCGACAGAGAUUCUACAACGUAUCUGGCAUCGAACCUGAAUUAAUUCAAUUACUCAGCCCAUAUGACAACUUAUCUGCCAAACAAUGUCAUGGCCUCAACCUUCCUUGCUCACUGAACAAUACCGCCCUCUGUACUUCGCAAGAGGACGCCAAUGCUAUUUACAGCCUUGGCAAUUACGAGUAUGCCUACAAGUGGCGCAUGCACGAGAACUCGACUUUCUACUCGGCUUUGACAAUGGGACCAUGGUUCAUCGAACUUCAACAUCACAUCAAUGGAAAGAUUGAGGGCUCCGACGCCGUCAAGUACUUUCACAACUUUGCACACGAUGGUUCUAUAGCUCCUGUGCUCGGGCUACUUCAAAUCGACGAGCCCUUCUGGCCCGGCAUGGGCAGUGAAGUCGUUUUCGAACUCUUUCGCAACAGCAAGUCACAUGCCUACUACAUCAGGGUCCUUGUCAGCGGACAGCCUCUGAAGACUUCGACCCCCUUGGGCACUCUCGAGAUGGUUCCUUGGGACGAGUUUGAGACCUAUUUGGCAGAGACUAUCCCGAGAGAUAUGAUUGCCACUUGUGACUGGUAG